GCUGGAAAGUCGUCCCUCGCGUUGGCUCUCUUCAGACUCAUUGAGCCGACGGCCGGAACCGUUACCAUCGAUGGCGUCGACUGCUCUACCAUUGGAUUACAAGACUUGAGAUCAAAGCUAACGAUUAUACCUCAAGAUCCGGCACUUUUCUCGGGUACUUUGCGCUAUAAUUUGGAUCCUUUGGUCCAAUACACAGACCUCGAGAUAUGGCGGGCCUUAGAGUCGGCACAUCUGAAGACAUUCGUGGAGUCACUGGAAAGAGGUCUCAAUCACGACAUCGCAGAGAACGGCGAGAAUCUAAGCGCCGGUCAGAAACAGUUGGUUUGUUUGGCCAGAGCUCUACUCCGACGGACUCGGGUUCUAGUGCUGGACGAGGCGACUGCCGCCAUUGAUAUGGAAACGGAUGACACGAUUCAGAAGACAAUCCGUGAAGAGUUCAAGACAUCGACAAUCAUAACAAUAGCCCAUCGAUUGAAUACUAUUAUUGAUUACAAUUUAGUUAUAGUUUUAAACAACGGUUCGAUUGCAGAGUCGGGAACACCGGAACAGCUCUUAGCGGACAACACAUCCAUUUUCUACUCAAUGGCCAAACAGGAAAAACUUGUUUAA